AUGUCUUUAUCCCGGAUUCAGAGUUUGAGACUGGCAGCUGUCCUGGAGGACUGUUCAGACCAGUUGGACAUACUGGGACAUACUCUGACAGUAAAGAUCAGCAGGGAGCAAGGACCUGCAGCAGCACAGGAGAAAGCCAGGCUGAUCAAAAUGAAAGGAGACUGUCAGUACAUCUCACAGCAGGUUUUCAAGCUGAAUUUGGAGCUGGAGCAGAAGCAGAGUUUCAGUUCUCUGCAGCAGGUGGUGGAGGAAGAGGAGCAGAAAAAGAAGGAUGAGAACAUGAGAAGAGAGGCAAAGAUAGAGCUGGAGCAGAGAAUACAAACUCUACAGAGACAACAAGAGGAGUAUCAACAGAAAAGUGAGAAACUGCAGGACAUGAACAGACUCAUCAAAGACCAAAGGUUUCAGCUUGAGCAGUCAUCAAAGACUGCCAACAAGAAUAUUGUGGAGAAAACCAUUGAGAUGCGGCUCCAGCAAGCACAAAAAGAGAGCAGCCAGGCUGAAAAGCUGCUAGACAACCAGCUGGAGCUGCUGCGCAAACAGCUGAAAGAGGAGACGAGAGUGCAUGAGGAGUCAGUGAAAUUCCUGCAGAAUCGAUAUGAGGAGUUGCAGCAGCUGCUGCAGCAGUGGCAGCAGCGCACAGAACAGAUGCUGCAGGAGAAGAAGCAGCAGCUCAACAAUGUGUGCUGCAAAAAGACAGUGAAUUUGGACCGACUGAUGGAAAUGAGGAGGAAGUUCAGGGAGAUGGAGGAGGUUGUGAUGGAAGACAUGGAGGAGCAGGAGAAACUGCGCCAACAGGAGGCUUACGCCAGAGCUGCUACCAAGCUGCAGGCCUGGUGGAGAGGCUGCAUGGUCCGCCAAGGUCUCGGUAGUUUUAAAAAAGCAGAGGAAGGCAAGAAAGGCAAGAAGAAGAAGGAGGGAAAGAAGAAGAAGACAUGA